AUGCAAGCAACAAUGCCGCCUCCCUCACGAGGGUCGGAAUUAUCUCCCGUGUCUACAGGGAGUGAGUGGUCGGGCGUGAACACAUACAACCAACUCCCGCGCAAUGAUGGCCCUUUCGCACCAUACAAGUCCUCCGGCGACGACUAUCCCCUCAAAACACCACCUUUUCCUCGGCCUCAAGCCAAUGGAAGCAUGUCCUAUGGCCCAGGCCCCCUCGACCCUUUCGGGCAACGACAAACCUCGGAGUCUGGCUCUCGAGGCUCGUCGAGAGCCGGCUCGGUUGCCGCCUCCCGGUCGAGUGAUGGGACCAUCUCGGACGAGCAAAGUAGGAGAUACAAGAGAAUGGAGGCGCAAUUAUUCCAACAUUAUACCAUACUGAAAGGAUAUCUGAAAGGAGGCACGCAAGUUCCACCUCGCCCUAACAAGGCUCGUGACAAGCUCUUGCGUCUCUCCCCAGUCCAAUUUCACGAAUUAAGCACCGACGUCUUUGACGAAUUACAAAGAAGACAAGCCGCGGCGCCCUUACCAGGACGGCCACCACGGCAACAAAACGUUCCUCCAUUCUUACAACCACGUCCCGACUUCCAUGAGAAGCGCAACCAAGCCAGACAGAAGCUGUCGUCGCUCCAAGCUCCGCGCUUCAAAGAUCUGUCAACCGAUGUCUUCUGCGAACUGGAGAGAAGAUUUCCCCAGUUUGCGCGCGGUGAUGGACCACGGAGGGAAAGUGACCGAUCACAUUCGAGAGGCCCGACAGGCAGUUUCUCCUCUCGAGACGGCUCCAACGGCUUUGGUCCUCCACCACGCGCUCAAACUUUCGGUUCCGGUCCUGGCUAUUCUCAACGAAAUGAAUCUGUCACGAAUAUUCCACAAUUUGACAACCCUCCGCCCAGUGACUACGGUCGCCCAAUGGCUAAACAGUUUCAAAGCAACACCAUUAUGCCCAAUAAGAGUAUGAUGGUAGAGGACGAGGACGAUAGUCAAGCCAUGGAUUCCAAGUAUGAUCGUUCCAGCGAUGCGUUUGGCCUAGAGAGUUCUCUUGCCAGUCCACGAAGUGAUCGAGAUACAUCAGCCACUUCGCAAAGCGGGGUCAGCUCCAAAUACAAAAGCAAUCAGCCAGCCCUGACAGAAAUGGAAGACAGGCUCUCUCAGUUGGAGCUGAGUUUGGAAUCAAAAGAUGCCGAGAUUGGUGAUUUGACGGCUCACUCUGAUCAGUGGAAAGCCACGACUCGAGAACUGGAAAAGAAGCUUCAAGCGGCAGAAGACCUAAACAAAUCCUUGAAGGAUGAAAUCGAAAGGUUGAAGGUGGAGCAGCCACAUAACAGCGGAGAAGACGUCCUUUGGAAAACCAAAUACCUGCAACUCGACCAAAAUCACGAGAAUCUACAGGGUCGCCUGGCGCAACAACAAGAGCUGACUGACGAAGUUCGCCAGCAAGCUCAGACCUUCUUGCAGGAGAUGAGAGCCAUGGCCGAAUCAGGAGGCAAUCUGGACCGUGAGCAGAAGCUACAAGCAGAUGUUCACAAACUCGAGGAAGAGGUCAAAGAGUGGAAGGCUCGAUAUGUCAAGACCAAAACCGCGCUCCGCAGCGUUCGAGCCAGCUCACUAGGACUCAGCAUCGCUCGUCCAGAUGCCAGUCGGCACGCGGCUGCUCUCCAGGAUCAAGCAGGCUUGGUCAAAGACGUCCACGUUACCAAAUUCCAGAUCUCCAUUGAUGAGCUGCUCCGUAUCGCCAGGUCUGACAGUCCUGCUGCUGUACUUGACCAUAUGAAGACAGUGGUAUUGGCUGUGCGGGCCAUCACUUCAGACAUUGACGCGGAUGCGACUGCGGACAAGUCUGACGAGGUCGCGAAGCGAAGGACCAAGCUCAAAAGCAAGGUGUCGGCUACAGCCAACAACCUCAUCACGGCAUCCAAGAAUUUCGCUUCCGCAAAUGGGCUUUCCCCUGUCAGUCUUGUGGAUGCAGCGGCUUCGCAUUUGACGGCGGCAGUAGUCGAUCUUCUGCAUACCGCGAAAAUUCGUCCCACCCCUCCUGGUGAGCUGGAAGACAAUGACGACGGCACACUCGAACCAAUGCAGAGCAAUGGAUACUUCAACAUUGCCGAAAGCCUUCGAAGAAGAAGUGCCGUCGAAAGCAUCUACAGCGCUCUGAGUACUCCGCCCGAUACUAGAAAUGUUUCUAUGCAAGCGGCCCAAAAGAAUGGCUCCGGCUAUGUGAACGGUGCGGGACUUGGUAUUCAGUCUACGUAUGGCACCAGCCAAGAGGAGGCGGACCUUGAGGAUCUUAAGAUGUACCUCGAGGAUCGAACCGAUGUAUUGGUCCAAUCCAUUACUCUCUUCGUCGAUGCCAUCCGCAACGAUGAAGAUAUGCCUGUGGUCCGCGACCAUAUCUCCGCCAUUGCCGCCACGAUCGAAAACGUCGUAUCAUCGGUGGAACGAACAAGGAAUGAGCCGUCAUCAUACCAAUCAAUUUUGACUGAGAGGUUAGGGCCGAUUAUCUCGAUCUUACAGGACUGCGGGGAGCAGCUUUCGCAGGCAAGUACGAAUUCGACAGCCUAUGAGGGGCGACCUGAGAGCAAAGAGUUCAUGCAGAAGCUACCUCCCCUGGCGUUCCAGGUUGCACGAGAGACAAAGGAACUCGUGUCAAGAGUCAUGGCCAUUGAAGCGGGACAUGGUGAGGCCGAAGAUUUUAGCUGAUAGCAACUCACCACAAUACGGGAGUUUGUACGGCUGGAAGACGAAAGUGCUACGAUGUUUAUGGGCAUGAGUAUCGAUGUAUGAUAAUGUAUCAAUAUUGGUUAGAUACCUACUGUUGAUGUGCCACCCCUUGAUGGAAGCCCUUGAAGCCCCUUUUUCUCUGGAUGCACGUGACAGCUUGGCAUCUCGAUUGACAUGACAGGCUGUCGAGCUUUUUUUCUCUUACAGCUCCAUUAUCAAGACAUUCUCCAACCAGAAAGUUCUUCUCCUGCAUCAUUGUACAUUACAGUAUUCGUUUGUAAGAUUAUAUCAUUUUCCAUCUUGGGUUUCUUUCGGGUUCCGGCCACACGAUUUCUCAGGCAUCCCUUACGACAUCGUUGCGUGGUGCAUAUUUAGACUAAGCGAUUACACCUGCGCCCCCUGGCAUCAUUGAAAAAGGCGUCGUUCUUGAGCUCUUGCAACCCA